CACCCCCGGGUGCGAGCCGAUCGCCAUGUUUCAAGGGCAGCGGGGUUGGUUCUGUGGCAGCGUCGGCCGAGAACUGAGGCAGUUCUGGGUGGCCGAAGGGGGCUCCAUCAAUGACCCAAAGGACGCCGACUUCUUGUUCAGCUGUGAUGCCUCCCACCCAGACACACUGAGAAUAUAUCAGAGCCUUGAUUACAUAGAAGAUAAUGCUACAGUUUUUCACGCCUACUAUCUCUCUGCAGUAGCUAAUGCUGAAAUGAAAAACUCGGUGGCUUUAGGUCAUUUCAUUCUUCCUCCUGCAUGCUUGCAAGAAGAAAUAAGAAGAAAACUUGGUAGUUUUAUUUGGGAACAAGACCAACAUAUUCAGAGAGAGAAGCAUGAUGAAGUAAUACCAAAUGAAAUAAAAGCCCUUAGGGAAAGCAGUGAACUAGCAACAGAUCAAGAAAAAGAAUUAUCCAAAAGCACAGAAAAGCAUUUUAUAAGGACUCCAGUUACAGAAAAGCAGAUGUACUUCCCUCUUCAGAAUUAUCCUGUGAACAACAUGGUAACAGGUUAUAUAUCAAUUGAUGCCAUGAAGAAAUUCCUUGGGGAGCUACAUGACUUUAUUCCUGGAAGCUCAGGAUAUUUGGCAUACCAUGUUCAAAAUGAAAUUAACAUGUCUGCUAUAAAAAACAAAUUGAAGAGAAAAUGUUAAGUUAAAUUUUCUUUAUAUCUAGGCAUUUGUUUUUUCUGAAAUUUUACCAAAGAUGUGCAUAAUUUUACAUUCUUCCCUUUGGGAGAGGGGAAUGGGGAAAUGGGGGAGAAUUCUGUUUCUUUCUCAAAAUGUGUCUUCCGGAAUUUCAGAGUCAUUCUGUCUCCAUGAUUUGACAUUUAAGCUGGAUUUUUUCCCCCAGCUUGUAAUGUUAUGUCCACAAAUCCUGAGUAUGCAGUUGUUAUGGAGUAAUUGUCUUUAAAACACUUAAUAAGAAGUCUGUCUGUCAGAUGGUCUUUCGGCUUUAACAUUCUAUUAAUUAUAUGUUUUUCUAGGUUUAGUGCUGUGAAUACUAAGUUUAAUGAUUCUGGUCAUCUUAUUUUGAUUUUAAAAAAUUAAAAUGUUAUUGUUACGUUCUAAGUUACUGUUUCUAUCUUGAGAAAUAUGGAGAAAAAAGUUUUAAUGAUGCAGACUUCAUGUGUGGACAGUUCCUGAUAACAUGUACCAGAAGUGAUUUAAUGUAUACAAUACUAUAUCAUCUGAAAUAGGUCCUCAAGUCACCUUAGAAUCACGGUGCUGGAAAGAACCUUAGAGAACAAUGAGGAAGUGAAGGCCUUGAGAGUGUGUCCUGCAUAGAGUGACUAACUAGGGGCCAAAUAAGGACUAGAACAUGACUGUCUUGAUUUUCCUAGUCAGUUCCUCCCACUGUCUCACGUGAUACGUGCUGUAGCCUGUUUCAGAUGUAACUGACAGCAGAUCUGCAAAAGGGACCAGAAACCAGCCAACAUGCUUGGCUUAUUUUUUAAAUAAUGAUUUCAAGACAGCAACUUCUUAUCUUUAUACAUAUGGUCGUGCUAUAUAGAACCUGGUGGAUUUAUUACUUUAUAUAUAUGAUAUAUUUUUUGUGAGGCUAUCAUCUUUUUAAAACUGUACUUUCUCCUAGGAAGUGCAUACCAGCUGCAGAAUUAUCUAAAGAAAAUGCACUUUUUAAAAGUGUUUGGAUCAUUUGGGCAUAUGUGGGCUCUGACCUUUCCUUUCUCCCAUGAUUCAAAUUUCAUUAUACAGCAUAUUAUGGUAAUCUCAGCAUCAUUUGAAAAUUCUAUUUUCCCCUUAUGGUAACUUUUCUUUAUUUAUAUUUGUAUUUAUAAUUAACUCUUCUGAACUUGUAAACUAAAACAAAACAAAACAAAAAACCCCCACUAAACUAAAUGUUAAUAACCUUUUCCUGAAACAUAUUAAAUGUUAUCUCUCCUGAACACUUUAUCUCAGUCACAUUGUUUCUUACAUAGAAACCAAGCCUGUCUGUGGAUCUCAAAUUAAUGAUUAAAAAGACUAAGUAAAUUUACACUAAGUUGUGAUUUCUGGGAAUGUUCAAUAUUUUUUCUGAUAGUGUUAAUACAGUAAAUAAAAAACUACAACCACAGUGAUUUCUAAGGGAAAUUAAUUACAUCUUUAGGAGUAUAGGGAAGAUUAGAUACAAUGCAUAUCCUUGAAAUACUACCAGAAGCAAAAAAAAAAUAAAAAUAAAAAUCAGUUGAUAAUGUAAGCCCUUUGGAAUUGGAAACAUAUGAACAAAUA